CUCAUUGUCGCCGCGAAAUGGGGAAGAAGCAAUGCCCCAAGCCGGCCGACGCCAUGAGCACCAACCAAGGCGACGGCCACGACCUUCGCGGGAAGAAGACGACCGACCCGCCCCACGAGUUUAAUGCGUGGAACUACCUCCAGGACCCGCGCAACGCGCCCCACGACUUCCUCGACCCGAUGCUGCAGAGCACGCGGACCACCAAGUUUACGCCAGGCUUUUAUCGACGGUCAAGGACAGCGAUCGCGUCCGACCACGACCGACUCGAGCGCGAGGCGGCCAAGGAGCGCGCGCACAGCUCCAACGCGACGCAGCGCCACGGGCGGCUCUCGUUCUUAAACUCGUCGUACGACUACAACAUUGUGACGGGCGCGCAGACGUCGGCCAAGCAAGUGCGGCUGCCGCCGACACGGCAGUACCUCGCGGGCACACAGACAACCCAUUUGCUCCACGAAGGCGUGAUCCAGCUCCGCGAGUCGCCCAACCGCUUUUACGGGAACAUUCGCCAAGACGAGGACCGCAUCGACAACCUUGCCCGCGAGGGCCUCCGCGGGCCAAAGCACUCGUCCAUUAUCGGCAUUGGCCGCAACGAACUGCCCUCGAAAGGCGCCGCGGACGGCCUCGACAAGUCGCUGUACCGGCAGUGCAUUGACGACAACACCAAUAUCAGGCUCCAGUCGCUCAUCAAGCGCGGGGGGCCCCGCGACGCACCGACACGCAUGCCAAAGCUUCCGCCGCCAUCAGCGAGUUGGCAGCCACCGAUGGCGAGCCGGGGCAACGUCUCGGACGACGUCGCUCGGGUCCGCGAUUUGACGUAAAUCGUAGGGUACGGGUAAGGUAAGUAGAAUUUAGACAUACAAAUCUACGAAAACUCGUUGAACGUCGAGCGGUCCUUCUUGGUCUUGGCCGCCGCCUUCUUCUUCG